AAGGCCUGAGCUGUGCCGCUUCACAGUUGACGUCGAUGAAGCCCCUCCGUUCCAUCCCAGCCGUCCAGCCCCACCCUCCCGUUCCCCAACUCAAGCCCCCACGCCGCCGCUCGCCGCCGGCUGCCGGAGGGCCAUCGCCGAUGACCACCCCCCGCGCGGCCACGCCCCCGAGCUUCAAGCGAUCCUCCCCCAGGAAGAAGCAGCGGCCCCGCAGCCGCCUCCUCGCCGCCGACUUCGCCGCCGGAGAGGCCGACGCUGCGCGGGCGUUGGUGGCGGCCAGGGCCACGCCGUCACCCCUCUCACCGCCGGCGGUGUCCCCGCAGUCUGCCGCAGGUAUGGCUCUGCCUCGCGAGUUCUUCGAGGUGGAUGCGCUCGACCUCGCCCCCCGCCUCCUCGGCAAGCUCCUGCGCCGCGACCAAGUCGUCCUCCGCAUCACCGAGGUGGAGGCUUACAGGCCAAACGAUUCCGCGUGCCAUGGCCGGUUCGGCAUCACGGCGAGAACUGCUCCUGUGUUUGGACCAGGAGGGCAUGCAUAUGUGUACCUAUGCUAUGGACUCCACAUGAUGCUCAAUGUUGUUGCCGACAAAGAGGGCGUUGGAGCUGCUGUUCUGAUCCGAGCGUGUGCCCCAGUUAGUGGACUGGAAAUUAUUCAGCAGCGUCGUGGCCAACAAACCGAGAAACCGAUCCUACUUACAGGACCAGGAAAGGUCGGCCAAGCUCUGGGGCUUUCCACCGACUGGUCGAACCAUCCACUAUAUACACCCGGUGGGUUGGAAGUUCUGGAUGCACCAGAACCUGAGAACAUUUUGGUUGGCCCCCGUGUCGGAAUCGAGUAUGCAUCGCCCGAGCAUGUCAUGGCGCCAUGGAGGUUCGCCGUUGCGGGCACCCCAUGGAUCAGUGCCCCGAAGAACACUCUCAGACCUCGGUGAAGACCCGGAUAUGGUGGAGAAGAGUGACUCGG